GUACGAAAUUGAAUCUUGUUUACAAAACAUGGAGGAACACUGCUAUCUGGAGUAAGAGAAUAGAUUGAGGGGUAUUGCAGUUAUUGAAAUAGAUCAGAGGCAGGGAUGUCGUCAGUGGAUGAGGACAGUGUUCCAGAACUCCCCCCGGACUCCCCGGGAAGCUCUGUCUCCAGUAGGCUGAUGGAGGAAUAUGAGGAACUCCUGAAGCAUGCUGUGGUUGUCCCUACCUAUGAUCCCAAACUUAUCCCACAAACUUUUGCAGAAGUUAUAGGAUCAUUUCCACAAGUGACAAGAGAAAAACUGGUUCAGGUUCAGGGGGAAGAAGAAUCUGAAGAUGAUGCAGACACAACACCUGUAGUUGUCAAGGUUACCAGAGAGUCGGAACUUCCAGAUUUUGGUCAGAGUCCGAUAGAUUCCCAGCAUUCCGAGCUGUCUGAUCAGGAGACACCUCGCAAUACCCGAUCAGCAGAAGAACAAAAGAAAAUCCCUCCCCCUCUUUUCCAUUCCAAAAACACCAGUCAUUCUGAUCAUGAUGAGGGUCAAAGGUCCUUUCACAGUGAGGGUCAAAGGUCAUUCCGAAAUGAGGGUCAGAGUUCAUUUCAGAGGGAGCAGAACACAGUAGAAAUGGAAUAUGUGUCAUCUGUUGACCCAGAUGUAACAAAAAUGGAGAGUAUGUUGGACCAGUGGACGUUAGAUCUGAAAAAGAAUGUUUUGACUGAGUUUAGUCAAGCCAAGAUCAGAAUUGUGGAGCGAAGUAAACACACUUUAAUCAGAGAACAGCAAUGUUCAGCAUCAGAACGAACCAGCCUUCAGAAUGAAAUAGAGAGAAUGAAGGAACUGCUUCACACGUACGAGGCAUCUGUCCAGAGGAAGGACCAGGUCAUCUCCAAUCUGACGCAGGCUCUCAGCAAACAGAGGGAAAAGCAGGACGCCCUGCGGACCUUCUCUGAUUGGAAGAUACAGCACAUAGAUCUUAAAAGGGAGAAAUUUGCGGAGAAACUGGCCAAGCGGUACCAUGAACGACGGCUUCAGCAAAAAGUUUGGGAGGCAUGGCACUUGACGAUUGAGAACAAAUGGCGAGCAAGAGUGGAGAAAGCUUGUCAGGCCAAAGCCCAGGAAGUGUGUGUGCAGCUGACAAAUGAUUAUGAGGCCAAAAUAGCUGCCUUGACUGAGUCACUUGAUGCGGCUCGUGAGGAGAUAUGUGAUCUACACAAGGAACGAGACCAGUAUGAGGAAGCCAUGAAGAAAGCAUUCAUGCGUGGAGUGUGUGCACUUAACCUUGAAGCAAUGACAAUAUUUAACAAAGAUGACCAAAAAGAGAACAAACCAUCUGGAGAAUUUUCUGAUAAUCUGGAGAGCAGUUUGCCAGAAAAAGACCUGAGUGCUCCCAAAACCAUUCCGCAGGAACCGGUAUUUACAUCACAUCUGGGUCAUGAGGUGCCCACUCCCAGGAUUAUAACGAGUCAGGGAUCGAGGUCAAACACAGUCUCCAGUAUGGCACAGUCAAAGGCAAAUAUGGCAGCAUCAAAAAUGUCUGGGUCACAGAGGACAAAAUUAAUUCCAGCAAAAGUUACCAGCAAAAUUGAUAGUCAUCGUCCUAGUUCUGGGGGUGGAAUUAGGACUACACGACCCGCCUCUUCUGUUGGGUCACGGUCUGGUGAGCUAGGGAUCAGUGGUGUUGCUCCACCCAUGAGUUCUGUCAUCGUAGAACGACAUCAACCUGUUUCAAAGGAAACAAUAGGAAAAGCUACUGCAGUAAAAUAUCCGUCCAAGAAAACCUCCACUUUGGCUGAAUAUUCACAAGGGGGCGUGUCACAUAGGAAGAUAGCUGGACAGACAUCUGGCCCCGCCCACCUACAGACUGUUAAAGUCGUAGACUGAUAGUCACAUUUAAGCUAAUGUUUACUCUAGUUUGUUAUAUAACAUACAUCUGUACACAAAUCAUGAAGUCUUUUUUAUGCCUUUCCAUGCAGAUUUGUGUGGAGACUGAAUUAUUUUAAAUUAUUGAAAUAGAAUUUUAAUCUGCUGUGAUAUGCAUCAUCUGGUGUAUUAUUUUAGUCAUUUAUUUAUUAUGGAAAUCCAUUGAAGUCUUAACUGCCAGGUGUUGUGAUAUCACAAACAUACAACUGAUACUCCAUAUCUCACUGAUUUCAGAAUCUGUCUUCUCAAAUUACUUUAUUACAUGUAUGUACAGUGUAAUUGUGGCUACAUGCACUCAUCAAAUUUCCAGUUCCAACAUAUUUUAUCAAUGGAUUUUUUUAUCCAUGUUUAGAAAUGGUGUUUGAAAAUAUUUGUACAGUAAAAGAAUGCAAUUAUCA